GUGUUGUAUACGUCUUCAGGCGAGAGACAGCCAGAAGUCAGUUAACAGACUGCAGGAGGAGCUGAUGGCCAGUCAGCAGGAGAGUGACCGAAUGCACGGGGAGCUGCAGCAACUCCUCCUCCAACUGGACACGCACAUCAGGAAGUACAACGAGAAGCAGAGUCAACACAAGAGCAAGCUGCGUCAGGCCAAGCAGGUGUUCCUCAAGGAGACAGCGCAGAGGGAUCGCAUCAUCCAGACACUGGAGAACGACCUGAUGCUGGCCUCCAGCCUCUCUCACAAGGAGAAGGAGCGGAUCCACACAGUGACGGAGGAGAAUGAGAAGCUUUUGGGGGAAAAGAGGGAUUUGUCGAGGAAGAUAAGCGAGGCAGAGGAAAUGGGCAGCAAUGGCAUGCGGACCGCCUCCACUAUCCAACACAGGGUCAACGUGUUAGAAGUAGAAAACAGACAACUUCAGGAUCGAUCCCUGAAGCUCUCCAACCAAGUCGGUUCCUUAGAGCGAGCCCUGAGGAACGUCCAGUCUUACUACAGCCUGGAGAAUGCCAAGAAAGUGAUCCCCUCUGAAAAUCUCAGUGAUGGCUUCCCACAUACAUCUGCGCUAAGUCUGACGUCAGGCUCGUGUGACACUCUGGACAUCCUGGAUGCAAUCUGCCGUGUGAAGGUGGGUGGCCCCCGGGUGUCCAGCAACCAACCAUCGGAGCAGAGCUACCUGAAUCUCACCUCUCCAUUGGUUCCUCCAGACAUCAGAGGCCCGGAGGGGAGCUCUAAUAAUAGUGAGCAGCAACUCUCUACUGCUCUUCGUAAACACAAUGAACUGUUGUUGCUCUAAGUAUUCUUGCUCCAGCCUCUGACGAAUACGGCUCCGGGCUCUUGGUGCAGGCCGAGCAAAAAGUCGGUGCUCGAGUUGAACCAAUUUUCAGUGGAAACAGGAAAAAGUGGAUUCAAAAUGUGGCUCCAACUCUAAACCCGCCUUGGAAAUGCCUCUUGAAAAAGCACUAAAGGUCAAGUAAUCUGCCACUUCCAUUAGAGACUCAAUAUCUCAAAAUAAUAAAUAAUCCUUGUUAAAAGGCAGUAAUAAUGAACGGGAGCUGGCACUGCGGCUCUGCUCAGGGGGAUAUCUGUUUUUUAUUGAAAAGCAGAAGCUUGUUUGGCUUCUUUUUUUAAGUCCAAAGUGAUAAUGUGAGGGAUUUUAAAAAGGCAUGUGCAAGUGUCAAAACAUUUGAAUGACAAACAGGGUCUAAUGAGAGCUUUGAUUUGGGCGGCACAACCUUAUACAGUAUGUUUGCCUUUCACGAAAAGUAUACAUUUUUUUAUAUAUCAAGGUACAAAAUAAGACAAUGUAAUUCACAUGAGACAGCGAAUGUCAAAAAGACAUUUAACAACGAAGAUUUGUUUGAGUUUUAAAAUGAGCACUUUAUAUGAAGUUUACUUUUUUUGUGUGGAAAAUGUAGCAGUGGAUACUAACGGUAUAUCAAUGGAAUAUAUUUCCUCCAGUUACUUCUCGCAGUGUUUUCAAUGAAGGAAUGCCUUGAGUGUUGUUUUUUGAGUUUUUAAGGUGUCAAAACAUCUUAAAACACAUCAACAUUCUUACAAGUUUACAAAGUCGUACCUAUAUUGUAAACAACAUUUAUAAUAUUGCGAUCUACUUUAUGUAUAAUAAAAGACUGUGUGGUAACAGAGUACAAACAUUGGGGUCCUCUCCCAAAUCCCUCCCUCAUAUAGCUUCUCAGCUGCAGACACUCCAGUAUUUACGAUAUGCAGCUUUGUCUGUGGAGAUUUUUUUUGUCUAUUUCAAGCACCGAACGCUGUUUUUUUUGUAUACAUUGGUCAACCUCAGUGGUUUCCUCCAGGGACAUUCAAUCACAAAGUACUCUGGUACUAAAGAGAUGUGUGUCAUGGGAAUAAAAUACACUUUUUCAUACCACCAUUUUUUGUCACUAAUAGAAUUGUACACUUUGAAAAUGUGCCUGAAAUUAUGAAGUGUUUAUCUUUAUCUUGCUGCUGCCUGAACAAGAAAAGCCUUUUUGCGACUGACAUGUAAACUGAAAUCUAAUUAGCAUAAAUCUUUGACUUUUGUUGUAUCUAUGUAAAUACUUUUUUAAACAUACAAAUAUUUUCAUAAAUAAAAUAA